CACAAAGACCCUCCGCUUCGCUUCCCUUCCUCUCUCUCUCUCUCCUUUUCCCUUGCUCUUUCUUUUCUCUCUCUUUUUUUAAACCUUCCCUUCCCACCCCUUUCUUCUUUUCUUUCUCUUUUUCUUUCCCUCCCAUCUCCCUAUUUCCUCCCCCCCCCCGCCCCGGGUUAAAGGAUUUGAGCUAUGGGGUGGUGGAGGUGGAGCUCGGCUGAGGAUUAAAAGAAGCGGAUGUGUUAAGAGACUGAUAGAGAUUUUUCUCAUUCUCAUUCUCUCCGCUCCCUCCCUCCCUCCGCGUCUCUCUGGCUCGCUCUGUUGCUCCGUCUCCGAUCCGAAAACUUCUUCUUGGAAAGCAGCAGGAAAUAAAACGGAAGGAGGAAGGCAGGAAUACGGAGCGAAAGGGAACUAACCAUCCUCCUUUCCCGGCAACAGAUCUAGAUUAGACCCGCCCGGAUCCCCUCCCCUCCCCUCCCUUCUUGAAUUGGGGAGAGAGAGAGGAAGAGAGAGAAAUCUCAGAGGCGAAAUCCCCUCAGGAAAACGCGGUCGACAAGGACUAGAUGCAGCCAGCCACGCUCCCAGCAGUCAUGGGCCAAGCCGGGGAUCCAGUCCGCCGCCGAUCUCGCAUCUCCAAGACCAGGCUGGCUUGAAAGUGGGCAGGGACUUCUGAUUUCCUUCCCGGUUCCGAGCACUGGGGGAUUCCCUGCUUUCUGUGACUGCCGCCGCCGCCAAGAAUACAGAGACAAGCUACCGCUCCAGAUCUGGAUUCUUCUAAUUCAUCGUGGGCUCCGUUUAUCCCGAGGGCAUCGGCUCAGAUAUUCGGAGGCUGGGGUUCUGAAGGAUCAGCGGAGCAUUCCUCACCAGAGGCAAAAGGGAGGGGAAGAGAAGGAGAACCUUUUGAUCUCGGACGCCUGGGUUAAUAGCCACUACCCUUUCCUCACCAAAGCGAGUGACACCGCUUCCUGUCUUGGGGUGCUUUGUUGUUCUCAAAUAUAUUAUCUUCACCAUUGACGAAAAGCUUCUUUUGAUCUCCUGUCUCGCUCCGGACGCCUGCGUUCUAUCGGAUUACUGGAACACUCCGACUAUUGAUAAAAAGAAUUAACAGUGGUGGGGAACCCUUUUCUCCUAGACCCUGGAUACCUGAAUUCUUGGAAUUCCCUGAAUAUAAGGAAUUCUUGUUCUACAAACCUCCACCCACCUGCAUUAUUCCAUCGGAUUCCUGAGUUCCAAGUGAGCUGCUGAGAUUUGAGCAGUUGCCCCACUGGUUGGGCUUAUGCCAACUUUUCUCGUCUGGAAUCUUGGCCUCUGCCGUGGUACAGAACUUCGAAAGGUGGGGUUAACUCAGCUCACCUAUCUACCACUGUCCUUUCCAUCGCUGGAUUCUGGUGGCCCUCAAACUCCUGGCAUUGCUUGAAAUUUAGACUGUGGUUUUCCUCCUGUGCCCCACUCUCCCCCUUCUCGGGCAAAGAUGUCUUCAGCUCCUGCACUGCCAGAGUGGAAGCUCCAGCUAUUGGAGCGUCGGCGUAAGGAUGAGGAGGAGGCCCGCCGGCGGGAGCGGGAGCAGCAGGACCGCAUGGCUAAGAUGCCGGCCUGGAAACGCGAGAUCAUUGAAAGACGCCGAGCCAAGCAGGGCUCUAGCACCUCUUUCUCGGAACCGUGUGGGCCGGGAGGAACUGAGAGCGGGGCGGCCCCUGCUCCUGUUCCUCCACCGCCCUGCCAAGAGAGGGAGCCAGAGAGUUCUGUGCUGCAGGAGAAGAUUGGCCCGGUCCAUCAGAACCCUUUCAUUCAGCUGGAGAAGCGGCGCAACAAGGAGACGGCCCCCUCGGAGAGCGACCUCGCCAAUGCGAAAGCCAAGCAGAUAGUGGAUCUUUAUGGGCAGAUUCCUGGUGUCCGCACCCUGCGUGCCGACAAUGUCAUCAUUAUCGAGACGGUCCCAGGGGCUCCACCUGCACAGCUUGCCAGCGACCGGCACUCAGCAGAGGCCAAAUCAGGCAGUGUUGAAUCCCUCAAUGAGUUGCUGGCACGGCGUGGGGGCAGCGUGACGGAGAUCCGUGCCGGGGAGGUCUUCAUUGUCAAGUCAGCACUGAGCCGUAGUGUGGAGGACCUCAAUUCUGUCGGCAGGUCUGAGUACCAGGCAUCACUGCCAGAACAGCGCCGCGGGCGGGUAAGCAAACUGAUGAGCAGGUUCAGCCAAGAGGAUGGUGGUGGGAUGGUCUCUCCAUGCCCGGUCAGGUCCUACAGCACUGAGAACCUAACAGAAAGCACCUAUGUGGCCAGGAAGCCUGGACGCAUGCCAGCGGAUCCCAGCCCGACCCGGAAGCACCGUGAUGGCACCCCUAGCCCUCCCCGUGACCUGCCAGGACUAACCUCACCAGGGCCAUUUACUGUGGCCUCUUAUCGCAGCCAGUUUGAAGCAAAAUCAGGCAGUGGCGAGGCCUGGCCAGAUAGCCCUCCAAGACGCUCUCCAACCGGAAAAAUAUGGGGGAGGGAGGCUGCCUCACCAGAGAGAGGGCCCAGACGGGAUAGUAGUGAUUGUGAGGCUAUGUUUGAGAUCCAUCCAGCACCCCCACCGGCAUCAGUGGCCGAGGACGAUGUCCAGGGCAAGGCCUUGGCCAAUCUGCGCCUGCAUUCCCGGAACUCCUUUGUGGUCACCCCGCGACGGGCCUCAGCUUCUCCUCCCCCUCCCCCAGAACCCAAGCAGGAAGUCUGUCCUUCUCCUCCUUCUGUCAAGCCACCAGCCCCCACUUCCUGCUCCUCACCCGCCCGUGAGCAGCUUCUCCCGGAUGCCGAGGAGCCGCCUGAGGCUGAGGCUAUGAGACGUGGUGGGAGCAGCAACACCAAGGAGGAUGUCAGGGUGGGGAGUUUGGCCCGGGCCUCAUCCCCCCACCCAGCUGUGCAGCGUCGCAGUGGCAACACCAUCACUAUCAACCCACGCAAGGCCCCUGUGGCACCUGUCACUGCUGUGGAGAAUGGCAUUGAGAGUGACACUCCCACGGCCACAGUUCCUGUGAAGAAACGCUAUCCCACGGCUGAGGAGAUCCAGGUGAUUGGAGGCUACCUCUCGCUGCAGAGAUCCUGCCUUGCAAAGAAUGACCCACAUCGGAAAAAGCUUAAAAUUUCAUUUAGUGAGAACCAGCUGGAGAAGACCUUCCUGUACCCAUCAGAGAGUUCCCUGCUGGAGGAGUUUGGGCCCCCAGAAGAGUCGGAAGCUCUGAGCUGCACCAACCCCCAUGGGGAUGACGAAGAAGAAGAGGAGGAGCUGCUGCUGCUUCACCGUGGCCUGCCCGGCCUCCUGAGGACCAAGCCCCUCAUUGUGGAUGAAUCUUGUCGGCGGUAACCCAUUCAUCCUUCUCCAUCCCAGGGAAGGGUGGAGGAUAUAUAUGGACUCUUGCCAUGCUCCAAGUCCUUCAGCUGAAACUUUUAAAGAUUUCUUUCCGUCUUCCAGUGACCACCAUGCCAAGGAAAGAAGCUGGGACCAAGACAGACAGUUUUGUCCUUUUCCUAGGGCCCUGUUUAGAUUUCUUUUUUCAGGAAAGAAGAAACAGUUGUGAAAAUACCCUCCCCUUCUCUGAUAUUAUUUUCGUCUGGCACUGAAAAAAAGGCAUUAGACCCGCCCUCCUACCCCCCCGCCGAAAACCCCUCCAAAUCCAAACAGCAGGGUGCUCCAAAUUGCAUGAUUGAUGGAGCUCAACUACACGGGGUUGAUUCAAAGAGAAUCGUUUUCCCUACAGUAUCUGUAUUGCCAACUGAGGACAAGUCUGGUGCAACAGAUUUGCGGAUAUUUCUUAAAAUAACCAGCAGGGGGAGCACUGAACCUUGUGUCCACACUUCUCCAGCCUUGCCGUGUUGCAAACAAGGGCUAAUAUAAACAGCAGUAUCUUUCUUCCUGCUAUCACUCAAACGACUGUAGCCUUCUUUGGCUAAGGGACUUUUUUGUAAUUCCCGAAUCAUUUUUGUUUUGUUUUUUUAAAGUAUCUCCGUAUUAUCCUUUAGGACUUUGGAAAAAAAAUUUAAAAAACAUUCUAAUUGCUGCCAUGUGGAUGAGGGGAGGGUUUUUUGUUUUUUGUUUUGGCUAGGGGAGGGGGUUAAUUUGCUUUGGCAGGGGGCAAUUAUUGUGGCACACAGCCUAUCAGUAUUGGGGGGGGGGACUUUGUACCUGGGAGGGAAAGGUUUCCACAUUUUUUAAGCCAUUCUGAAGAAGGGCAGUUCAAACUAGUCUGGCUCUAGUGAUUGUUAAAGCAGAGUCAUGGGCAAUAAGGCAUGUAAUUGGGCAGAUGGGGAGGGGCUCUGCUUGUUACUCAAGCAGUCAGUGUUAAGACGUGGGACGUGGCAAAUGGGGAGGUCUCUGCAUGUGGACAGAGCUAGUUGGUGUUUGGUACAUUUUAUUUUUUAAUCUCAGGCAGGAGCAAUCAUGUCAGAUUCAGCAGAAUUUGUAUUUGUAAGCAAAAGAGGGGAGGCAGUAGCAUACGGAAUAUGUUAAAAACAAACAGGGGAGCCGGAAGCAAAAAUGAGGCUCCUUGUCUGAGCCAUGCCCAUUUUCCUGUCCAGGACUAGAACUCUUUCAGGACUGGACAAGCAGGCAUGAACUGAAAUGAACAGAGGCAAGUUGGUUGUUAGGGAAGGAGGUGAUAUUCUGACAAAUAGUCCAUGUUUUUAAAAUUCUAUAUUUACUGUUAUACCGACCAUCUUGAUGCGUGUUUGCCAUUCGUCACUGCAUGGCACUUUGGAGCGGGAAAAGUGGACCGACUGAAUUAGGAAUGACUUUAUGACAUGUCUGAGUGCAAAGUAAUUGCAGGUCAAGAUACUUUUGGGUACCUUCCGAUGAGAGCAUCAGUGGGCCCCAUUAAUCAGUGGGGGGCAGACAGAGUGGAUCACACAAACUGGGGGAGUGCUCCAGAGUCUUUUCUCCAGAUGACUGAAGCAAGCAAGCCACAAUGUCAUUUUGGAAGCUUAUGUACAAGUGUCUGGUUCUCUCAACCUAGAGGCUGUCACACAGAAGAAGGAGCACACAUGUUCUCUCUUGCUUCUAAGGGAAUGACUAGUGAACUGCUCCGUUAAACAGCUUGAAGAAUGCCACAACUCAUCUGGAGGAGAGAAUAUCAAUUGAGAUAGCAGAAGACUGGCAAAUGUACGAAAGCAGAACAUCAUGGCUGUAGGAGCACCAAUGGGAGAAAGAGUGUGGUCUGAGGGAACCGAAGUAUGAAUGAGUGGGAGGAGGAGGUGCAGAUGGGAAGAAACAAGGACAUUUACACUGUUUUUCCCCUGUCCCUUCCUUGCUAAUUUAUGUUCUUACUUGUGCACAGUUUUUUUGUCAUCAUCAUUCCCCUCCCCCCUUUUUUUUGCACUGUGGGAACAGCUGUACUGGGAGCCCAUGAACAAGUGAGUGAGCGAGUGAGUGAUUGAAUAUGGCAGGCCUCUGAUAUGGCGGGGAAUAGGGUCUGCCCAGAUCAGUGUAUGUGGGGUGAGGGUUAAAGCAGCUGUAUCCAGCCAUUUCCAUCAGUGUUUGUUUUUUUAAAUAUAUAUAAUAUUAUUAUUGUUAACAAUAAACCAGAAUGAUGUUGCACGUUGA